AGAGAGAGAGAGAGGAUUAAUGACAACUGGAAAGGGAAAAGGGAGGAAUGCAUGAGAGAAGGGUGAAUCUGAGGUCAAAGUUCAAAUGAUUGAGUCACAUGAGUGAAACCAGGAAAUAGGGAAGUGAUGGCUCUCCACACAGUCAUGCUCAUCAGACGUGCUGAGGACUUUUUGACAGCCGAUGGAUAAUCUAACAAUGAUUACCGAACAAUUGGUGCAUGUGUAAGUAUGUUGAAAGCCAUAGUUCAGGACUGUCACAAUGGAAUAUCGAUUGACCUCUUUCUGCAUCUCACACUUAUCCCCGCUGUGCUGAUUACCUUGGUGCUGUCAUUCCUUCAGAAAAGAGCCAAAACAUUGGCGAUUGACCACAGACUUCCUUUCCUGCAAAGGCGUUUUGGCAUUGUGGUACCUCUGGAUACCAUAGGCAGCCUGAGCAAUCGCUGGUCAUACGGGUUCGCCUUUGGCGCGGUGUCCUACAGCGUCCUGCUGCUCUUCUCGGAACAUUACAUUCCUUUUAGUGUCCCACCCUGGGCCAGAGCUGUAGUUUACCUAGUUGGAGCUUUGGAGGUGGGGCUUGUGAACUUACCUUUCUUUGCCUGUCUGUCAACGCCCUCCAGAGCAGCUGGAGCUGUGCUCGGAAUUCUCUACUCUUUGUGUUGGCUUAUCAUUACAGUGUGGGACACAUUCACAUGUCCAGAUGGCAAGAUUUUGGGGAAAUACCAGAAGAUAAUUAUCCAGUGGCCUUGUAUCCUCUCUCUCAUUUUUCUUUUGGGACGAUUUGUCUACAUGCUGGCGAAAGUUGUUCGAAUACAUCUGCAGCUGGAACACGAGGACUCUGAUGAACUGACUCAGCAACAUCAAGUGCAGCAUGUUAAGAGACUUCUGAGGAAGAAAAGUACACACAAUGACGCAAGUUUUAGUGACUGUUGCAGCAAGGCCCUAAGCUGGUUUCAGAGCAGAGUGUAUGAGUGGGAUCCACACUUCAAGUUCCCAAACAGAAUCAUUGGCACUGCCAUCAUAUCCCUCAUAGGUCUAUAUACGAUGACGCUGGCUGACUACAGUCUCAGCAAUAUCGCUUUUGAGCAAGUAGUCAGGUGGAAGAACACACUCAAACAAUUGGCGUCCUGUAAUCAGAAUGAAGCUUUGGAAGCAAUGAUUCCACAACUGGAAGAAUUCAUCAACGUGGCCAAAAAGACUUGGUGGGCGACCACCAUUUUUGCUAGUCUCAAUUCAGUUGCUUACACGUUCCAUGUAAUGGUAUGUUACCGGAAACAUUUAAAGAGACUUUGGAGGGGUGAGAAAGGUUUUCUCCCAGAGAAGUUUCUCAAGCCAAAGUCUGCCGUCAGUGUGGCCUCCAUCGCACGCUACUCUGGAUGGCAAAUUGCUUUUACGCUCUGGGGUUAUGUGCUCGUCCACUUUGUUCACUUCCUGGUUGCACUCUUGGUGGUGUAUGUGAUUAUUAUUCCAAUCCAACAUGGACAAGCCCUGAGCAUGCUGUCCAACCUGGGCAUCCUAAUUCUGACCAUUGGUCUGGUGGUAGCCAUGGUGAUCCUCCAGAUAGCUUUGGUACAGAUUUUUUUUCUCCAGGACAAAAUGUCUCCUGAUGAUAAACAAAAACCUCUGGCUCUCAAUAAUAGAAAAGCAUUCCACUGCUUCAACUACUUUUUCUUUUUCUAUAACGUGAUCAUGGGCAUAAGCAACUGCAUCAUGAGACUGCUGAUCAGCAUUGUGCUGGGAACAUGGCUGGUGUCCCGCAUCGACCGCACAAUAAUGCAGCGAGGCUAUGAAACCAUGGAUGCGGGUUAUAGUACAUGGAUUGGGAUGAUCUUUGCUGACCACUAUCAUAACAGUCCAGUUAUGGUGUGCUUCUGCCAGCUGCUUGUCUCCACCACCCUGGACAAACAUAGACUGCCGACAUACUCCACGUUAAACAACACACCAUCUGAGUAUUCUGUAAACAGUCGAGCCAGGAGACGUUGGACAUUGUUAUACACCCUCUUGAGGAACCCCCAUCUUAUUCUGCACAGGAAGCAGCAUCUCUCCUCUUUGGGGGUUUUGGAUGUGUCUUCUUCGCUUCAAUCGGACACAAUAUUGCAAGCUUGGGUCAUGGCUUCACAAACACAGAGGAACAAGGCAGCGUCGGUGCACUGAGCACUGAGACACAAACGCCGGACUACGAGCAUGCAUAACUUACAUACACACUGAUACAUAUUUUGUGACUGAUUGGAGGUCUUAUCAAAAUGCACGUGUGAUUUGAUAAGUUGAUAAAAAUUGAAUUGCACUUUGUUUACACUUUAGUUUGUAAUUAUGGUAGAGUUUCAUCUUCUUAAAAUUAUUUCUAAAUAAAUCCAUGCACAUUUAUUAGUACAGGUUUGAGAAGAGUUAAGUAUCUGUUCUAUCAUGAAGAUUGAGUAAUGCCCCAAAUUUUAAAAUGUGGCAGAAGGGAGGAACACAUCUUUAUUUCAUGACUGUCUGCCAAUAACUGUGGCUAAAUACAACUCUUCACAGCAGCAAAGACAUCACAAAAGACAAAUGUUUGACCCCAAACUGUUGCUUGCUGGGUGAGAGGCCUGAAAGAAAGUCACAAAGAAAAAGUGUGAAGUUAAAGAUAUAACUUAAUUCAUUGCUGAACAGGUCAUUAUGGGACUGUUGCAUUUUAGUGCAUACAUUUGUCCAUAUUUUCCCUUGUUUUAUCAAUAUAGCACAUGCAGUGCAUUGUGGUUAUGAGUAUAAAAGUGAACAAUUUGGUGGGCCUGUGACAGGUUUUUAAUAUCUUGUAUGUUUUAUUUUCCCUGAACCCAUUAACUUUUAUAAACUGAAUUCUUCA